AUGUCAAGAUCCCGGUCUCGUAUUAUGAUUGCGUCUCUGUUGUUCGUUUUGGUGCUACAAAUCGAGCUUGUUGGAUCCGUCCAAGAAGAAUCACACCAUACUACAGAAUCUUCCACCAUAUUCAAUGAAUCAUCCGAGAAACAUCCCAACAUCAUAAUGAUUGUGGUAGAUCAAGAAAGGUAUCCUCCUCAUUAUCUACCGAAUCAUGUCAAUAAUUGGCUGAAGAACCUGCCAGGCAAAAAUGCAUUCACUCAUCAUGGGUCUGGUUCCACACAGUUUGUGUCCCACAGAACUUCUUCCAUGGCUUGUUCUCCCUCUCGAGCCACUCUUUAUACCGGCCAAAUGCCAUCUGUGCAUGGUGUCACUCAAACGUAUGGAUUGGCGAAAGCUGCCAAUGAUGAUGCCAUGAGUUGGUUACAACUCAACGAUGUCCCCACCAUGGGCCACUACUUUCGUGCCGCUGGUUAUGAUACCUAUUUCAUUGGCAAAUGGCAUAUGUCCUUUGAAGAUAUUAUAGACCAGGAGGGAUAUAUUGUACAAGAGCCACAAGCAUACCGAGAUGCCAAUCGGCUCGACAAGUGGGGCUGGGACAGGUGGAUAGGUCCCGAACCACACGGUACUAGUUUUUCCAAUCUGGGAUUGAAACGAGAUCCCAACUAUUUCCAACAGUUUCAAGAGCUACUUUGGGAAAAGGAACAACAAUACAUACAAAACGAGAAGAGCGGUAUUCCCAACAAACCGUGGAUUGUGGCGUUGAAUUUUGUCAACCCGCAUGACAUUUGUGUCGCAGAAUUGCCUUUGUUGCCGGCACUGGUGGUUCCAUUGUAUUCUUCUUUAUUAGUGUUAGACCACCCACUCGAAGAAGUACCGCUACCACCCACCUUUGACGAAAACCUCUUGGACAAUCACAAACCAGCGGUUCAGCAUCAAUAUGCCACUAGACUCCACCGGAUGCUACCCUUUCCCGUAUUCUGGAAAUUGUUUUUGAGACUAUAUCUCUUUUUGAUUCAAACCGUGGAUGAACACGUUCAUCGUGUCAUGACACGGCUGGACCUAUCCGCCGUGUUUGCCGAUAAUACCGUUCGGGUGUUUACAGCAGAUCACGGUGACAUGAACGGUGCUCAUGGGGGCAUGUUCCAAAAAUGGUAUCAGGGUUAUGAAGAGGCCCUCCAUAUCCCCUUUAUUGUCAGAGACCCUCGAAGGAAGCAUGACGCUACAACUACAAUUGCAGAGACGCCGACGCAGAGCUUGGAUGUACUACCAACCCUGCUAUCCUUGGCAGCUCUGAACACGACAACCAUCCAUAAAAUCCAGGAGAAACUUCGUCACACCCACACCGAAGUCCAUCCUCUUCCCGGCCGAGAUUUGACGCCUCUCAUGGCGACGCGACAAGAAGAACAUGGCGGCGACGCGAUUACGGCAGCUGUGGCACCAACCGAAUACGACAUUGAUGAUACCACUACUACCGCAGCCAUUAGCUACUUUCAACUGAGGGACGAAAUAUCCAAGGGUCAGCAGCAAGUCCACCCGAUCGUUCGACUCUAUCCCAUUAUUCGUUUUCUGGGAAAUUGGAAGUACAAUGCCAUUGGAUACGAUGCGCAUGACAGCACCAAGGACGUACCAACGUCAAUUGAAGGAAUCGUGUUUCAAAGAGCUUCCGAUCAUCACGUCCUUAAAUUCAUGAGAUACUACGACGAUCCACUGGCGUGGUCUGAACCAGGUGUUAAAGACGUUCGGAUUGAUCGUGAACGACCUGCAAUUCUCGAGCUCUUAUUCGGGUUGCCACCUCCCGUGGAGAGAACUGAGCCUAUACCCGACACAUGGGAGGUGUACGAUCUUACCACGGAUCCUUCCGAAAUGAUCAAUUUGGCUGGGGAUUCCAACUUUGCUUCCAGUACUCUUGGUAUUGAGCUGCAACGCACUUUGGACAAGGCCAGAGCGCGAUACCACGGGAAACGCAACCAUCCAUUGCCCCCAGCAAGCGAACGUAAUGCCCAUUUGCCAAAACAAGUCAAAGAGCACAUUGAAAGCCCGUUCGUUCACAUGGCAUUUGUCUACUUGACGGUGCCCGCUGUCUACAUUGUUGGGGCGGGGAUGCUUUGGUUGCUACUGAUUACAAUAAUGAGAGUGGGGAAAUCCGUUAGCAACAAAGUAAAGAAUGACUAA